AAAACAAACCAGUUAAACAAGUAUAUGAUUGCAAAACUCUUGGAGUGACUGCUGACCAGUAUUUGUCUUGGAAGAAUAAUACUGAAAACAUUUGCAAGAAAAUAACAUCCGGGAUAUCAGCUUUUCCUCAAAUAAAAGAAUUUGUUGAGAAAGAUACACUUGUGUCUGUGUGUAAUUCUAUUGUUCUUGCUGUGAA